CUGACUUAAAAGCAGUGAAGCAGAAAAAACAUAAAACUGCACAUACUGUGCAAAAAAGAUCUCAUGUCAUGGUUUUAGAAAUAUGUAAGCUCAGUUCAAAAAAAAAAAAAAAAAUCAGGAAUUUUUACUUCUUUACCAUAAUGGGUCUUUGUAUGUCAUCCAAAAUUUAUUAUAUAACUUGAACGCAACUUCUGCCUUCACAUUUCUUCACUAGACACAGUCACUGAUGUACCCAUUUUCCCCUUCAGCAGUUCUGUCACAGUUGUGGUCUAAAACAGAGAAUGCACUUAACUGCCCACAACUUUCCCUGGGUAGCAGUGUGGUUAUAAUCAUACACUCACAGAAAUGACAAGCAUUUCUCUUCUGCCCCUCAAUAUCCUGGCUACACGUGGUGCACUGCAUAAUUCAGAUUCCUCCCCCUGAACCAAUCUUCUGAAGCUUGUCAGAUCCAAAUGAGAAACAAAGGCCUUAGGCAAAGUUUUUUUCCCCCCUAUAUAUCGAGGUUUUGCAACAUGGGCUGUGCAGUAGUGGUCCUGUUUUUUUUUUUAAACUGUUAAACUUGAUUUUGUGAUGUUUUCCAUUUUGAUCCACAUUUAUAUGUCAUGGCAUUUACCCGGAAUAUUAUGAUUACCACUUUAUUACAUUAUCCGUAAUUAACCGCCAAUGAAAAUGUGCCAGAGAAGGAGUAUGUGUGCUCUGUGCUCACCACCAGGUGGAGGUCUUGGAUUAGACAGCUGCAAAAGAAAGAUAACUACAGAACAAAAUCCUCUCUAACACUCCUCGUCUGCUCUCUGAUUCCUUAAGCCUAGCUGAAUUUCCACUGAUGGUUAAUCAGCAGGCUAUUAUAAGACUACUGCAACAACGAUCUUUUCAAAGCAUCUCUUCUAUAUUUCCAUUCCCAGAGCCCUCCUGUUUUUUGUUUUUUUUUUUGUUCACCAUUUCAUGAGCAGGCAGUGUACCAUCUCGAAGGGAAAAUUCCAUUAACCAGGCAGCAGGAGUACACUGAAGUCACUCAAUCACUGCAAGACUGUCUAAUGCUCUCAGCAUGGUUUAAACCACUGCUUGGCUAUUAUGAGGCAGGGGAUCAAGUGGUAAUAUAUCCACAUUCCUAGCAGUGCUGUCACUUCUUUCCUCCAGAAGAGUCCCUGCUCUCCUUUCAGUCCAUGUGGCUACUGCUCUGAUCAGCUGGCUCCUGUAAAUCCCCAUUCCAAAACGUAAUUUAGUUCAGCUCACCAGCUGAUUAUCAGCCUAGAGGAGCUGAGUCAGGUGUGUUAGAGGAUUGCAUGGGGUCUGAAGGACUGGGGUUGAGGAUCACCUAUAGGAUUGAGAAAGGAACCUUAAACAUUAUUCAAUAUUAAGAUAUACUGAAACAGUAAUUGCAAGAAACAACAACAAUAAUUUUCACAAUAAUUGAUUAAUUGUUUUAUGGUGAUAUCAUUAACAUAUUGUACUAAAAUGUACAAUCUGUACCUAUAUCCAUUGGGUAGGGUAGGGAAGACAUUCAAAAAUCAGUGUCAUCAUGUAUCAUCAUCACAUUUCACGCUUCACAUAUGUCUUUAGAUUUGACCAAAAUAAGAAACGUUAUGCUCUUCUUAUGCUUUCUUCUGAAUGGGAGAAUUCAAAUACUGCCUUACGUGGUCUUUUCCCGUGUGGAAUGGAGUGGUAGUGCCUCUAUUUUGAAGUCUGUCUAAUAACAAUAUUGUGCAUGUUAAAUACUUUAAUAUAUUGUACAACUGUUUAUCAGCAUAUAGCCAUUAAGUGGCAAGCUGUACAUUCAGAAAAUUCUAUGCCACUAUACAGAAUAAAUUAUAGCGUGUGCACCUAUAUAAUAGACUAUAUUAAAAGUCAUACACCACUGUGCUGGUGAAUUCCAAUUCUAACUGGUCAGAAGGUGUUGAUUAAUUUUCUACUACACUCGCUCCGGAACCCAAAUCACAGGUUUAUAUUAACAUGCUUGUUCUAAUAUGUUAUUGUUUCUAUAAUAACAACCUGAACAACUCAGUGUGGCAGGCACUCUACAUAAACUGAUUAAAAAAACGUUGAUACGAUGAAGCUUUCAUUGAGGGGAUGUUUAUUUUGCAUUUUUGGAAGGAGUCUCCAGUGUCAGCGCUUUGUAGCAGUCAGAGUUAAAAACUGUAACUUUAAUAUUUCCAACAUGGGAAAGUCUUCAGGACAGUGGGAUUUGUGGUUUCUCUGUAACACGACAAGCUACAUUUUUGUCUCAUUAACUUCAAGAGAGAGAGAGAAAAAAGAAAAACUGGUGAAGGAAUGACACCAGAACUAGCUAACAACAUUAAACAUUACUAUAAACUAAUAAAAAGUAUAACAUGUUAUUCUUUAAUAAAUAAACAUUUGUUAGUGUUGGCACAUUUCUGAGGAAUAAAACACUUCGGAAAGUGCCGUUAUUAGACAAUAAUAAACUUCAGGAUAGUAACACCAGCCUGUCAUUGAAAAAAUUACAUUACUACUUACAUGAAACAUACAAUUGCCUUAGAAUAAAAAUAGGAUACUAGCUUUUAAUAGCUGUGUACAAAUAGCCACUAAUGAAAACAACUCGUGACCAUUCCCAAUCCUAGUCCCAAUCCCAAUCCUGUUAAACCUCAUGAUAAGUGAUUUGCAUCAAAUCCAGCUGGACUGUAUUUUCUUCAUAAAAUGGUUAGCUACUUUCUUUGUCUACAGUCUGAAAUCUAAAUUUGAUGGUUGACUCAACUGGAAGUGGUUAAUGAACAUGUAUCCAGACAACAUAAGACAAAAAUCUUGAUGGGAUAAUGUUCUUUUUGGCAUUGGAAGUGUCUUUCGUUACCAAAUAAAACAUAACACCAAAAUGGGACUAGUACUAUAACAUUUGCAGGGAUUAUAUACAAGCACGACAAUUCUAUGGAAAAAAAAUCCCCAGAUAUGUCAUUUUCAGUUUCCAGAAAUUCUUAGGCUCUUUUUAGACCUAGAAGGCCAUGAAGAUUCCCCUUCUGCUCAGACAAUACUCCGCAUUUCAACAGGCAAGCAAUUUGGGCCCUCACAUUUUACUGGAGAUCAGGAAAGGUGCUGUCCAGAUGCUCUUUAUGGUCCAAUAUUCUGAGGCACUGAAAUAAAUAAUGCAUAUUUGCCAUGUGCACGCCACAUUGUUCUGGACUGUGCAUUUCAGUGACUGUCUUGUUUGUGUCCUCACUGUGAUGUGGCUUUAUACCAGACCCACAUGUCUUGCUAUCAGAUCUUUUAGCUCUUUCUCAAUGAAUACACCUACUACCAAGACAACAGAUCUGUCCAGCACCUGAGACAAAUCUCUGUAUUCAUAAAAGUAAAUAACACCAAACUUUUAGGCGGCUGCUGGGAAAAGAAGUGCUCGUCCUUCAGAUGGUUGUUUGUGAGGUUUGGAACAAAGCUAGAGUGGAGAUUAUGGGGAAGUAGGGAGCAUAUGCACUGAUGAUAAGCUCUGAUGAUCCUGUGGUCAUGAAUGAGCUCUGGAGUGAGAUCAAACCCAGCCUGAUUGGAAGAAUCUGCUGUGUGCCUACAAUAGUGUCUCAUUGUAUGAACUCCAGUGACCCACAUACAGUGGCUUCAUUGUUUCUCCCUUGCAGUUUUGCACAUUUGCCAUUUCUAAGCUUGAGCUUGCUCAGAAGUUCCCAUUUGCUUUCCAUCAUCCUCUGCUUUUUCCCUUUCUUCUCUGCUGUUUUUGACCUGCUCUCUAGCGUCUGUUAUCAGGGUUUUGCCUAGUGGGCUGGAAUGCAGGCUCCGGCUCAUUGAAGCAUGUACAGGCAGGUCUGCACUGCAAAGUCUGCUCUUCUUUGCUGUGAAUGGAGAGAAGUACAGAUUAUAAUACAUCUAGUUUGACUCUUAGUUUGCUGUAGGAUGGUUAGGGACACUCUUGGCUGAAGGACCACCUAUAAGAUAUGGUGAGAUUGCAUUGCUGGACCACUGGUGAAAGGAUGCUCAGAUACUAGGGGGAGUAACAGAUAACACAGAAGACAUGGACCGUGUGAACAGAAACAUGCCUGAUCAUGGCCGACAAACUCAUCAGGUGCUACAGAGUACUCCACUGGACCUGAUAGAGACAGGGAAGGGGCUUAAGGUUCAAGCAGAACGCCCCCAUUUGGUCAGUCUUGGGAGCGGCCGUCUCAGCACAGCCAUCACACUGUUGCCCCUUCCUGAGGGGACAACUACCCUGGGCCAUGGAGCCGUGGACAUCAACAUCCAGGGCCCUGGAGUAGCAGCCCAGCACUGUUUCAUUGAGAACAAGGCUGGAAUAAUCACCUUACACCCCUGUGGAAAUCAGUGUACCAUGGACGGACUUCCAGUCAGCAAGCCUGUACGCCUGUCUCAAGGCUGUAUGCUGUGUUUUGGUCAGUCGUCCUUCUUCCGCUUCAACCACCCUGAGGAGGCAUUCAGAAUGAAGAGCAUGAGGCCAGAAGGACAACAUAGAUCUGGCACCAGUAAAGACUUUGAGAGCCUGGUCAAUGGGAACCACCAGUCAGGAGGACCUGAGUCUCGCCCAUCCGGACACGAGAGAGUGCGCCCUGAGCACAGUGCAAUUGUCAGUUCCAUUGAAAAGGACCUUCAGGACAUUAUGGACUCCUUAGUCAUGGAUGAUCCCCUGCCCUCUUCCUCCGCCUGUGAGACCAACAAGCCAUCCGGUCCCCCUGCUGCUCAGUCCCCGCUGUCCCCCCUGUUAAAUGGAGGUGGCCGCUAUCUUCUCUCACCCCCCACGAGCCCUGGUGCUAUGUCAGUGGGCUCCAGUUAUGAAAAUACCUCUCCGCCCUUCUCCCCUCUAUCCUCACCCUCGGCUGCAAGUAGUGGGAGCUUCAACAGCCCCUCACCGAGUGGUUUCCAGGACCAGAUUCCUUCUCUUCCUCCAGUACCGGUCAGGUCCUCCAGUUACAAUUACACGAGUCAGCCUCCCAUACCUCAGCCUCGGACUAUGCUGCCUAACCCGAAGGUGCCUGAGAGCCCUCGGCUCCAGAGAAAGGCUCUACUGGAAGCUCCGCCGAGCCCUAAACCAGCCCGCAGGGGGCUGAGUCAGGAUAGCCAAGUGGGGAAGUCUCCGGACACCUCUCGCCUACCCCCUAUGUUGCCUUCAGUCUCAGUAUCUUCAGUAUCCAGUGAUGCGCCAUCUAUCAGGCUAGCAGUACCAGCCAGCCCCAAACUGACUCCAAAAUUCACCGCCACAUCGUCUUCGUCCCCUCCUUGUAGUCCCAGGGUGAAAAUGACUAGCGGUCUACAGGAUCAUCCACCCAGUCCGUUUCAUGAUCAGUCACAGCCAGAUCGCUCACUCACUUCAAGCCCUUCUCAGCUUCUCUCUCCUCCUCCUCGGGCAUUCCAGCCCCCAUUGGACCCAAUUGUACACAUAAUCCAGGGUGGACAGCCACAGCCCCACUCACUUCAACCUCCGGAGAGUCCUCGGCUGGCCCGCAGGAAUCUGGAGGCUGGCUGUGGCAGCAACGUGAGGGAUCUGCCCCCUCUCAGCCCCUCCCUGGCACGUAGAGGAGUACCAGUACUGCCAGGCGCGCUUCCAGGUACCCUCCCAACCUGGUCCUCAGAGAGCCCAACUGCCAAGAUAGUUCCAGAGAGUCCCAGACACAGACGCAAGGCUUCUUCCCCCUCUCAGGAGCUAUACAGUCCCCGACUGGUGCGUGCCCGCAGCCCCUCACCCACCUCCGGGCUGACAGAUGGUGGUGGACGCAAAGGGAGCUUCGGGAACACUCUAUCUCCUGCCUUCAGCCUGGGCUCCCUGCCUGGGUCUUCGCCCUUAGCUAGUCCAAGGAACCACAGGAAGAUGUCAGCAGGGCACAGAGACUUGCGGAUCGGCCACCCAGGCAUGAGAGAGCGCAAGAACAGCAUCACAGAGAUCAGUGACAAUGAAGACGAGUUACUGGAAUACCACCGGCGCCAGCGUGAGGAGCGCCUCAGGGAGCAGGAGAUGGAAAGGCUGGAACGGCAGCGACUAGAGACCAUCCUGAACCUCUGUGCUGAGUACAAUAAGAACGAUGGGCCGAGCGUGAUGGGUGUCUCCAGGCCCACCGUGACACAGAGGCAGCGGGAGAGUGACGAGGAGAAUCUGAGAGAGGAGUGUAGCAGCACAGAGAGCACACACCAGGACAUGAGGACACCACACAACCUACAAAACGGAGACAACACACAGCUGGAGGAGAUGUCAGGAAGUGGGACUAGGCUGGAACUGAGUUAUCUGGAGGAGGAAAGGGUGCGAGUGCUGGCGAGGGUCGAUGAGCUGAAGGCUCGGCUCACGGAGCUGGAACAGCAGCUACAGGAGAACAAACAGGAGGCGGAGAUGGAAAGGGCCUUGCUACAGGGUGAGAAACAGGCAGAGCUGAGCCAGAUCGAGACUGAGACUGACAUCAUCACACAGCUGCAGCACAAAGUCAGCGAACUGGAGAGCGCCAUCCAGAGGGAAAAGGACAAGGAGAGGGCGAAUGUUGACAGCCAGCGGGAAGCCCUGGAGAGGCUUCAGGAUGGCUACAAUGAGCUGAAGAGCCAGCUGCAUAACUGCCCUGAGUCUCUAAGGGAGCAGUUGCAGGAGCAACUCAAAAGGGAAGCAGAGACCCUGGAAGCUGAGACAAAGCAGUUUGAGGACCUGGAAUUCCAGCAGUUGGAGAAGGAAAGCAGUCUGGAGGAAGAGCGUGAGACUAUUUCCCAGCAGCUCCUGCAGGAGAAGGCGCAGUAUCAAAGCAGUGUGGCUAAGAGAAAGGAAAAGGUUGCAGCGCUGGAGAAGCAGGCCAAUCAGCUGGGCCUGCAGGCUGCACAGGAGUGUGAAAAGCUGGCUAAGGACAGGAGUGUCACCCUGCAGCUGCUUCAGAAGGAGAAGGAGAGGCUGGCUGGUCUGGAGAAGAGAUACUUCAGCUUAACUGGAGGCAAGACUUUUCCUAAAGGCUCCAGCACAUUAAAAGAGGGGUACUGCAGGAUGGCGGAUGUCUAUAGGAUGUAUGUGAGUGAUACCCAGCUGACCAACUCUGCUUCGCAUGACCCCUCACUUACACUUGACCCGGCUGUAGCUGCCCCCUGCGAGGACUAUGUUACUGUGGGCCAGUUAAACCAGAUCUAUGGGAUGCCGAAGGUGGAUUCCUCCCCCACCUCUCCUGCCCAAUUGCGUCAGCCCACCCUUACCGAGCCUGCCUUUUCCUGUCUUCCUUCCCCCCAUGACUCCUCUCUUUCUCUCUGUUUUGAGGGUCAGCCGGAGCGGCUUAGGCCUCAAAUCCCAAGGCUAGAUUUAGAGCGCUGGUACCAGGAGGUGAUGGCAGCUGGAGAUCCCAGCCAGCUGUGCCCGCCUCCUCUCCCGGCUAAAGCUCACUCAGCACACAGGCCUCUGCAGGUGUACCGCUCCAGGCUAGACAGCGAUGCCAGUCAAUCCUCACAGAAGCCAAAAGUGAGUGCUGGACUUUCCCCCACCUACACCACUGCAACACUCGGCCGCAACACUUCCUCCAGGAGUCCCAUCAUGGUUGCCAACAGCACCGGCAGUCUCCCCCGCAACCUUGCAGCCACUUUACAGGACAUUGAGAUGAAGAGACAGCUGGCGCUGCAACAGAAAGACUGCUUGCCAUCAUCGCCUGAGUUCUCCACCAUGGACAGUCCCACAGGUCAGCAGGUGAUCGAGGAGCAGCGGCGGCGUCUAGCUGAGCUGAAGCAGAAGGCUGCAGCUGAGGCGCAGUGCCAGUGGGAGGCGCUGCAUGGCUCCCACACACAGCUCAGCAGCUCUCCAGCUCCUCCGCUAGUCCAUCACUCCAUCCUGCACCACACAGCACCCUCUGCUGGAGAGGACAACUACGACACACUCAGCCUGGAGAGCUCGGACAGCCUCGACACCAGUGUCUCCACCAGCAACAACUCUGCCUGCUCGCCAGAUAACAUGUCCAGUGCAAGCGGGAUGGAUGCGCUGAAAAUCGAAGAGAUGGAGAAGCUGCUGAAGGAGGCUCAUCUGGAGAAGGCCAGACUCCUUGAGUCCAAGGAGCGAGAGAGCCAGGCACGUAAACAGCUGCUGGAGGAGGAGAGGAAGAGGAGGGAGGAGGCUGAGAAGAGGCUGCAGGAGGAGACGGUGCACCGGCAGCAGCUGAUUGAGAAGGAGGUGAAGAUGAGAGCGAGGAACUUCUCUCAGGCUCGGCCCAUGACGCGCUACCUGCCCAUCCGCAAAGAGGAGUUUGACCUGCGCUCACAUGUUGAGUCAUCAGGACACAACGUGGAGACCUGCUACCACAUCAUCCUCACAGAAAAGAUGUGUAAGGGCUACCUGGUCAAGAUGGGCGGAAAAAUUAAAUCGUGGAAGAAGCGCUGGUUCGUCUUCGAUCGCCUUAAACGCACAUUCUCCUACUAUGCCGACAAGCAUGAGACCAAGCUGAAAGGAGUUAUCUAUUUCCAGGCCAUUGAGGAAGUUUACUACGACCAUUUACGCAGCGCCACGAAGAAAGGAUUUUUCAACCUGAACUUGACAAGUCACAUCUCCGAACUGCUGCCUCCUCACUUUCGCAGAGAGAGCCCCAACCCCUCCCUGACCUUCUGUGUAAAGACCCACGACAGACUGUACUACAUGGUGGCUCCGUCUGCAGAGGCCAUGAGGAUAUGGAUGGACGUGAUCGUAACAGGAGCAGAGGGCUACACGCAGUUCAUGAACUAAAGUCCUCAGAGGACAUAAAAAUAAGGUCAAAUGGUUGCGCCAGGGAAACUUCAAGUGACUCAUCCUCCUGUUUACCGGCUCUAUUGAUUCCUAAUGAGGAGGAAAGCCUUUUAUUUUUAUUUUGUAUUUCGUUCUUUUUAAUAAGUUGUAUAUUCAGCUCAGCUGUACAGUUGUCAGACAGUCGUCAAAAGGUUUUCUACACCUGCCUGGAUUUAAAAAGGGAUUCCUACAAGAUUAACAAAAACAAAAACAGAAAUGGAGGAGCAGUUGAUUGUGUUAAAUCAGCUUUGUUUUUAGGCAAACAGAGAUCUCUCAGUGACAUUUCAGUUCUUUUUAGUAUGCAUAACUUUAUUUCACAACUGCUUAACAGAUGUAUGUAUUUGUGUUUGUUGUGUUUGGGCUUUUUCACCUGUAGAACUUUUUCCACAUUUAGGAUGUGGUAUAGCCAAAUGACGUCAAGCCAUUCUGGACUGUUUUUUUUUUUUUUUUUUUUGUACAAAUGAUUUGACCUACACACUAUGAGAGUGGUUAUGCAUAUACAGAUCAUACAUGUAGAGAUGAUGUUAAAGCAAAUAUAUCAGAAUUAAUGAAAAUUUUUUUUAUGAGAAUUUUUAGACAAACACCCAAUAUCACUGAAACAAGAACCUCAAUCACCAAAGCUCAUUAACAGCUCUCGUUCACCUGCAUCCCACUGAAUGUUUCUGUGUAACCAGCAAAACAUCACCUGUAUGUCAACACAUAUACACACAUACACACACACACACACACACACACACUAUAUAAGAGAGUCUAUUUGCCAAGUCCUGACUUCAUCUUCAGCCUUCACUUCUUUAAGGAAGCAGCCAUCUUCAGUACACUGCCACCUGAAGGCUCUCGGUGGACGAACAUCAUUAAACAACAAAACAACACUAACCAACUUAACCUUCAUAUAAUAAUGCAAAUCAUUCAGUGCCUUGAUAUUUCUCCACAUUUCAUCACUGCAAUACUGUUGUGAGAAACCUGCAGGACCACAAAACGCCAGAAAUACAAUCACUGUUUACUUAAAAUGUAUUUUUAUUCUCAAGAGCUCUAUUAUUGUGACUAUUCAUAACAGUUGUUUGCACAAGGCAUGCAGUCAGGAUGAUGGGAAAGUGAUAAGUAAACACAACUAAUUUAUCAGCUCAAAAAAAAAAAAAAAAAAACAGAAAUGAGAGUCAAUGUUAUUAGCUUUUUGAGUCAAUAGAUGUUGAAAUUCUUCAUAGACAGAUUAUAAAAUGAACCUGUCUUGGCUCAUGUUCGACUUAGUCCUCUGGACUGAACUAUGCUGUGAUUUUGAAAAUGAUCAUCUGGAUCUUAGUGUUUAUAAAAUGUAGUUUAUUUUAUUUUGUUUUGUUUUAUGUGAGAGUUUUCCCUGAAAUCCCUCUGCAUGCAUUCAAAAUGGCCAAAAUACUGACUACAGUUCUAUUGAUCCUGAUUAUUUUGCCAAUGUUUUUAUGUCAGUUCAGUUGAUAUUUUUUGACACAUCUGGAAAAAGAAUAUGAGUAUGUUCACUGCAGUGUUGAUUUCUUUUCAGUGUUAUGUUGUGUGCACAUGGAGAACCAAAUUGUACUGGGAUGCGCCACAUGCAUACAAAUAUGCAUAAAUUCUCUUUAACCGUUAUUUUGUUACUAACACACACUUACAUAUGCUGACACCAUGAUACAAUAUGAUGGUACUGUUCAUGUGGCACUUUAGAUGGAUUUCAUGGAAUUUUUCAGGUUUAUUAAAAAAAUUGAAACCCUUC